CUCUUUCUGAUUUCCAACUCUAUCCACUGUAAACUCUCAAUUACAGGCACAAAAAGCCCAAAAAAUAAAUCUUAAAAAAAAAAGAAAUGUCCUUGUUGUUUUGUUUUCAGUACGGGUUCAUCAACAGCUGCCUCCAGUCUCUGGUGAUGGAGAAGUUUGGACAGGACACGUGGGACAAACUGAGCUCUCUACCAGGAGUCCAGGACGCCUUCAUGACGUACACGGUUUAUGACGACGUGCUGACGGUCAGCCUGGUGCAGGAGGCCUGUUCGCUGCUCGACGUUUCUGCCGACGUGUUCCUGAAGCUUUUUGGAGGACAUUUCUUCCUGUUCUGUAAACAAGCGGGCUAUGACACCAUGCUGAGGACUCUGGGAGGGAACCUGGUUGAGUUCAUUGGGAAUCUGGACGCUCUGCACAGUUACCUGGCUCUGUCCUAUCAGGAAAUGAACGCACCGUCUUUCAGAGUGGAGAUGAGGGACGAUGGGAAGAUGCUGCUUCACUACUACUCCGACAGAAAGGGCCUCUACCAUAUUGUACCAGGUAUCAUAGAGGCGGUGGCCAGAGACUUUUUCCACACCAAAGUGACCAUGGAGAUUCUCAACCAGUCGGAGGAAGACGAGCGGACGGGGAAGAAGGAGCACGUCGUGUUUCUGGUCAACCAGGAAAUCAAUCCCUUGUGUUUAAGUCGCUCUGAAUCCAGCGCAGAAACGACAGCGUGCAUCACGACGAAUAAGAACAGCUGUAGAGAGAUAACUGAUGGUAGUCUCCAGUGCACCUUCCGUCCGUGUUACCCGAACAAACUGUGGAUGGAGGAAAAAGCUUUCUGCGAUGCUUUCCCCUUUCACAUCGUCUUUGAUCGACAUCUGAAGGUGAGGCAGACAGGUGUGAACAUCCAGAAGUUUGUUCCAGGUCUCCAGGCGAGAGAUGCUACGCUGGAUCUGUAUUUCACCCUGAUACACCCACAGGUGACUUUUACCAUCGAGAGCAUCAGGAAGUUCAUCAACAGUCAGUUUGUGUUAAAGAGCCUCAAACACACCAUGCUCAAACUCAGAGGUCAGAUGGUGUGGAUGGAGUCUCUCGGCUGCAUGCUCUACCUCUGUUCUCCGAAGCUGCGGAGCCUCCAGGAGCUUCAGGACGUGGGUCUCCACCUGUCCGACCUCGCCCAGCACGACGUCACCAGAGACCUGGUCCUCCUGAACCAGCAGCGCCUGGCUGAGAUGGAGCUCAGCAACCAGCUGGAGAGGAAGAAAGAGGAGCUGAGGAUUCUGUCUCGUCACCUGGAGGCCGAGAAAGAGAAGACGGAGACUCUGCUGUACGCCAUGCUGCCUCGACACAUCGCCAAUCAGCUGAAAGACGGGAAGAGCGUGAAGGCGGGGGAGUUUGAGGUGUGCACAAUCCUCUUCAGUGACGUUGUGACCUUCACAAACAUCUGCGCCGCCUGCGAGCCGAUCCACAUCGUCCACAUGCUCAACUGCAUGUACUCCAAGUUCGACCGACUCACCAACGUUCACGACAUCUACAAGGUGGAGACUAUCGGUGAUGCGUACAUGGUGGUGGGAGGCGUCCCCGUUCCCACUGUGACCCACGCUCACAGAGUGGCUAACUUUGCUCUGGGAAUGAGGAUCUCAGCCAGAGAGGUCACCAACCCUGUGACAGGAAGACCCAUACAGAUCCGUGUGGGUCUGCACACCGGGCCCGUGUUGGCGGGGGUGGUGGGGGAGAAGAUGCCUCGUUACUGCCUGUUUGGAGACACCGUCAACACCGCGUCCAGGAUGGAGAGUCAUGGACUCCCCGAUCACAUCCACCUGAGCUCCACAACUUACAGCGAGUUACAGGACGCAGGGUUCGACAUAAAGGAGCGCGGGCACAUCGAGGUCAAAGGUAAAGGCAAGAUGACCACCUACUUUCUGUUGGGGAACCUGCUGAUGUCAGAGGAGAGCAUCAUGGGAAGAGAGGGUGGAGAGACAUGUUUGUACCGGGAGGAGAACCUCGGACAGAUCGACCAAGAGCUCGACGUGAGCUCUGAGAGCGAGCAGAAACACGCAGCCUCAGGUGGAGUCGUCACCCCGGACCGCUUCUCCUGGGACAUCACCCCUCCGUAUCAGACCCACGAGCACAUCGAGCAAAGCCGCAAAACACCUGCACACAACUCCAGCAUCAAACUGUGUAUGUUACUCUGACUGCGGAACAACUCGGCCUGCAGAGACACGAGCGAGAGAAGAAGACAAAAAGUGAGAAAACUGAGAAAUGUGAUUAAAAACAGGGGCAACUCAAUCUGUGGCUCCUUUCCACACACUCUCUCUCUCUCUCUUUCUGGUUUCCUGCUGUAGUGUCCCAUCAAAAUAAAGACACAAAAAAGUCCAGAUUCACAUCAAUAAAUAAAUAUAAAUGUGAUAAAAUCUUCUUUUAAGACGAUAAUUUGAAAUGUUCAACUUUGACUCUGCAGCCUGCCAGUGUUUUCUAUUCCAGUUAAUAGAUUUAUGAGGUUGUAGCGCCCCCUUGUGGUGGUUCGGUUGCACUACAAACCACCAAAGACUCGACUGUAAUAUGAAAAUUGAUUUUGUGGCUAUUUUAUCCUCAGAAUAAUUUUGUCCUCACAUGACUUUGAACAAAUGCAGACGUUUUAAUCCACGUUUACAUAAAGACAAUAAGAGAUCACAUCAGCCUGACGUCGAGGUUUGUUAGAUGUUUAGUGUCGGUGUGUGUGUGUGUGUGUGUGUUGUGUUUCAAAGCGAUCCUAAUUGCAUCAGUUGUGCGUUUUCAGACUUCCACACUUCACGAUAAAGCUGCUGACAAAGAGAGGGCAGAGGCCUGACGGGGAGAGAGCGCGCUGCUUUAUUAGCGUGCAAUUUUAGAAAUGACUUCAAAUGGCACAUAAGCACAUGAGUAAUGUGAGCACGCACACACACACACACACACACACACACACACACACACACACACACACAGACUCUCUUCACUGUAGUGGGUUGUGUAAGAAGAUAAUGGCCGAGCCAAAAUCAGCCCACUUCAGCCCAUAAUGACACAUGCUGCUGCUGCUGUGUG